CCAGACUCGAGUUUACAGAAUUGUGGCUAGCUUGCGAACGUUGCUAAUAUAUACCGCCUCAGUUUUGAACAAAUGUUACAAUGUGAGCUGUUACACCAUUGUUGACGUGUCUUCGCCGUAAUCCAUUCACAGAUCGUUAGUUUGUGCCUUGACCGCUUGUAAUAAGCUGUUGAAGCUAGGCAGCCUACUGAUGCUCUGCAGUUACCUAACCGGUCAUGUAGCCGAAUAGGUGAAAAACAAACCGUUGCCACUCUAGUUAUGACUACCUGAAGGAUGUGACGGCUGAAAAAACAGUGUUGACAUCAUGGUUCAUUAAGCACAAGAAUGGGCUGCUGUAGUGCUCUUCAGAUGGUGAGAGGUCUUGUCCACACCAGAGAGGAAAUCUACACGGUCUUGUAAAGACACUGUCCUAUUCACCUGGAACUGACGGCUUGAAAGAGACGAGGGGAUGUGUUGGAGGAGGAACUUCAGAGCCAUUCUCUCUCUGUGUCAGGCCUGAUGACCCCUAGCUCUGCUGCUGCUAUGGCCUCUGGCAUCGACAUGCCCAGGAAACGCAAGGGCAGCAUGGACAACCAGGAAACUAAAUCCGCAAUGCAUGUGGAUGAAGACACGGAGGACGACCAGGACAGGUCGGAGGGUGAUGACCAGCAUGUGAAGAUCAAGUGUUUCAGGGAGCCACACAGUCAGAUUGAGAAGCGUCGGAGGGACAAAAUGAACAACCUGAUAGACGAGCUGUCAGGCAUGAUCCCCUCCUGCAACCCCAUGGCACGCAAGCUGGACAAGCUGACCGUGCUGCGCCUGGCGGUCCAGCACCUCAAGUCUCUCAAAGGUACCACUAGUUCCUUUGCGGAAGCCAAUUACAAGCCUUCAUUCCUGCCUGAUGAUGAACUCAAGCACCUUGUUCUCAGGGCUGCUGAUGGCUUCCUCUUCGUGGUCGGCUGUGACCGUGGAAAAAUAGUCUUUGUUUCCGAGUCUGUUUCAAAGACACUGAAUUACAGUCGGGCGGAGUUGAUUGGACAGAGUCUGUUUGACUACAUUCACCCAAAGGACAUUGGGAAGGUGAAGGAGCAGCUGUCCGCCUCUGAGCUGUACCCCCGCGAGAGACUCAUCGAUGCCAAAACUGGGCUGCAGGUGCAGGCAGACUUGCCUGUGGGGGCGGCUCGCUUCUGCUCAGGGGCGCGUCGCUCCUUCUUCUGCAGGAUGAAGUACAACCGCAUCACGGUCAAGGUGGAGGAGAAGGACUUCCCCUCCGGCUCCUCCAAAAAGAAAGAAUCCCAGAGAUACUGCACCGUCCACUGCACGGGCUACAUGCGCACGUGGCCCAUGAGUCAGCUGGACUCGGCAGAGGAGGCGGAGGGCGACAAGGAGAGCUCCCAUUUCAGCUGCCUGGUGGCGGUGGGCCGCGUGCACCCCCACUCCACGCCGCAGCUCAACGGCGAGAUCAAGGUCAAGCCCACCGAGUUCAUCACGCGCUGUGCCAUGGACGGGAAGUUCACCUAUGUGGAUCAACGAGCUACCACCGUUCUGGGCUAUCUUCCUCAGGAGCUACUGGGAACGUCAUGCUAUGAGUACUUCCAUCAAGAUGACCUGCCCCACUUGGCAGAGAGGCAUCGAAAAGUUCUAAGGACUAAAGAGAAAAUUGAGACAAAUUGCUACAAAUUCAAAACAAAAUACGGCUCUUUUGUCACCUUGCAAAGUCAGUGGUUUAGUUUUAUAAAUCCCUGGACCAAAGAAGUAGAGUACAUCGUAUCUACAAAUACUGUCAUAUCUGGUAAGAGCAGUGCCAGUGGGUCAGGGGACAAGUCUGGACAGCCAAGUAACUCCAGGACCUCUGAGGAUGACUCUAAGAAGACCCUGCCCAUCAUCCCAGGCAUCUCCACAACCCCAGGGACCAUGAUCUAUGCCGGGAGCAUCGGGACCCAAAUCGCCAACGAGCUGCUAGACUUCAACAGGAUGAACUCCUCGCCAUCCAGUGGGAAUGCAAGCCCUUUCAGUUUGCUGCAGGACAAAUCCCCACUUGCCAGUGGUCAAGCCAACAGCAACGUGCAAAAUGGGGAGGUGGCAGACAUGGAGAUAGCAGGCAAGUCCAGCACUGAGGACGAAACGAGAAAUGCCCCGUUUAGUGGUGGCGACUCUCUCAUGGAGGGGAACUCCCAGCUGGACCUGGAUGGGGUCGGCGUGGCGGGCCUCGGGAACCUGAGCAGCGACGAGGCGGCCAUGGCGGUCAUCAUGAGCCUGCUGGAGACGGACGCCAACCUGGGCGAGGCCAUGGACUUUGACGACAUGCACUGGUCCCUGUGACGUCCUGCCACCAGGCUCCGUUUUUCAAAAAACAAUUGUUCUUUUUCACUUUUUAAGGAAAGACUCCCCAUCUACACAAAGCAUCAGGUGUCCCCCUGAAUAUUCUUUAUUUGUUGUCGUUUUUUUUUAACAUAUAUAUAUAUAUAUAUAUAUAUAUAUAUAUAUAUAUAUAUGUGUGUGUGUGUAUGUGUAUACAUAUACACACUCAUAAUUUAUUGGGUUUUUAAUUUCCCCUCUGGAUAAACUGUCCCACUGUGGUGACCAGAGACUGAAGCCCAGUGAUACCCCACCCACCCCAUGGCUCUGGUGGUAGUCCUGCUUCUGGGACACAGAGUGGUGAUGAACUUGUUACCGCUUGGACUUCCUGUCUGGAUCAGGAGGCAUGGGUCAUAAGGCAGUGCCUGAUGGGAUACUGGAGGACCUUACGCUACCCGCCUUUACCAGACUGUUUAGCAGUACUCUCUGCUUGAUGUCAGAGGUCGUUCAGCUGGUUCCUAAAGAGACAUGGAGUUUUGGUUUUCCUCUGGCAAGAGGAGUAGUCUACACUUGAAGCAUGGAUGUGAUCAAGCAAAAAAUUGAUCAAAUUUGAUCAGGGACAGCAAGGGAAUAUUGUGUGUUUAUUGCAACUUAAAGUGCAAGGGGCAACCGUGUGUGUGUGUGUGUGUGUGUGUGUGUGUGUGUGUGUGUGUGUGUGUGUGUCUUGUAAUGGCAGGGUUUAUGGCCAUAGAGAUUGGAGCAAUUGCAUUCAUUUCUGUCAUCACUUAUUUGAACCAUACAGGAUCUGUUCCCAUUUUAUUAAGGAAAAUUUAUUUAAAAAAAAAUCCCCAUGAUUUAUCAACGCUGUGAUUUAAAUACGGCCCUUAAACAAAAUGAGUACAGACCAAACACUGGUGCAAAUACUUGGUACGCCUAGAAUAUGACAACAUUUCUCUUACCUCCACCCACUAUUCAAAGGAAUGAACGAUUGAAUGAAUGUGUGAAUGAAUGUGUGGCUUAUAACUGCCCCCAUAUUUCUGUCCACUACACUUGAAUUUAGUUUGAUGGUAAACUCGGUCCAGGGCCUUCCCUCCAGCCACGUCGCUGACCCCCCAGCCGGAGAGGACAACCCCCGAGCACUGACUGCAGCAGAGAACAGCGAGGAUGAGGACGCUAUAUCUACGCUGUCGAAGAACAAUCCCAGAGGACAUGUUUUUAGCUUUCUUUUUGACACAGUCAUUCCAGCUGAGGUCACUUCUCAGGGAGCAAUGCAGUGGGGACCCCCGAGACCCCCUAUACCUCCAGGCAUCCACCCCACCCUCCCCCAAACACACAUGAGGUCGGACACUUGCGCUAAACCACACCCGUCAACCUUGCUGCUUAUGCUACAUGUUGCGCUGUCACCUGCUUACAUCUCUUCUGCUGCUGCUGCUGGCGAGCUUAUUAUCAGCGACAGAUGAGGAAGGAACAAACUGAUGUCUGCUUUUGGUCCCGUGAGAAGGCUCUUCAGCUGCUGGGGUGAUGGCUGCUGAUCGGCCCUCUCCUCCCCCCACCCCUUACCCUAUGUAUUUUCUUAUGCACUGAGGGAUUGGGUUCAGUGAGCAGGCUAAUGUGAAGGGGUGGUCCACGGUUGAGACAUCCAAGGCAAAGCUAUGCAGUUUAUAUUCCUUAGUAGCUGAGAAACUGUCUGUUUUCCAUGCUUGCCGUUUUGGUCCCCGGCACUAAAGCAAAAGAAGUAUUUUACAGAGGCUUUAAGAGUGCUAAAAACACUUGGCCACAUGACACUUUUUAUACAUUUUUGUUUUGUGAAUGAAUUGCAAAAUGUAUUACGUGAACAAUCAAUAUUAGGACACUGUCAAAACGUUUUUCCCCCUCGUUAAAACAAUAUUUCAUUGGAAGAUUAAGGAAUCUCCAUGUGGACUUAGCUCAGAGCUGGGGAGGUCUGGACUGGACAUGUGAUCAUUGUUGUGCUAAUGGACAAACCAAACGUACUGCACGUGAGGGCAUUUCUCACAGUCACAUACAGUGCACCUUGAGUUUCCAUGCCCUCCAUGAUGAUUAGUUUUAAACAGAGUUGUUGGUCAACCAUAUAGUCGUGUCUGGACCCACAUGCAUGUAGCGUGCUCGGGUUGAGCACUUAAUGCAAAGAAGGAACAAACUAGAGCUACACUGAACCUUGCCGAGUGACUCUGGCAUGCCUAGUGGUAUUUCUGCACAAACACAAGCGCUGUCCACCAAUUUUGCGACUGCUUACUGAGGUCACAGGAGACCAGGUGAAAGCCUGACCACAACCCCCACACCACCCAAAAUAUGAGACCUUGACUGAAUGGGAGGACUAUAUGAAGGGCAUUGGCUGUCUGGCAGUAGAUCGGGCUCAACAGGCAGAGCUGUGUGAGACUUCAGAGGUCACCAUCACACAAAGGUCACUCACGCAGCAGGUCCUCGUGUCCGUUUGGUGAGAUGGGGGCUGGGGCUUGACAAGAAGGCUCCCAUAGCCUUAACCCCAGCAACGGCUCCCCACCCAAGACGAUAAGUACUGACUUGUGAUGCAUGUGCCAUAGAAACAGGCUGGUCCUACACAAGGCAAAAAAGUGACAGGAUUUGUUUUUAUUUGAGUCUUUAAAAAAUGCAUUACACAUUUUUCAUUUUGUUAAAGUUUUUUUUUAAUCACUGUACUGUACAUUUUGAUGCUCUGUAUGUAUGUGUGUGUGUGUGGUGUGCGUGUGUAGGUGGCUUUUUUCCGGAAUGAUUCUUGAGUCUAUGACCACCGAUGACUGUUUCCAGUAUGUGUGCAUCUACUGCUCCAGAACCGUCCAGGCAGGGGCACCGUGCAGACAUCCAGUACUGUACUGUAAAUGGGUUACACAUGCAGACCUGACCAUAGUUACCCGUCAGCUGUAAUGUCCAGCAUAGUUUUUUAGUCCCCCUCCUGUUUUGUUCUGUUAACUUUCUCUUUCCUUGCAAUCAGCACGCCGCCUUCUGUACAUCCUUUUUUUUUUCCUUUUCAUCCAGAUUUUUUUUUUUUUCCAAAAGGUCUUGGUUUUUACUUUCAACAAUUGUUGGGUCGUAGGAUAAAGGUUUGUUUGCCUUAUGGGACAUGCUGGGCUUUUCUUAUGUGUGUGUGUGUUUGUUUAGUGCAGGAUGUUUUGGAUCUGCAGUAGUGGCUUAUGAUGUUGCGGUGGUGGAGUACCCCGUGGCUGGUAGCUUGACCAUUUCACUGGGCUCUUCGCAUCAGUGACUUUAAUAUUUCUUUGCUCCUGGAAUUUCUUGAGAACUUGGCGGGAAAGUCUCAACUGGUCAUAGCUCAGCCUGCCUCAGACUGCAGUUGUCUCACACACAGGAUGGCUGGAUGGACAUCGUGUCUUGUAUAACAAGACACACAAGGGGCCCACCUAAUGCCAAUGGUAAUUCCUUACCUUUUUGUGUAUUUGUUUUAAUGUGUGUUUUUUUUGUUGUCAUUGUUGUUGCUGGGUUUACUAUGAAGCGCCAUUGCUGCUGCUGUCAACACAUCUGAUCUGGUGGCACAGGGCCCAUGUCUCUCCAGGCUGUCAUGUACAAAGAUUCUUAAAUAAACAUUAGUUUCCUGUA